UGGCUGGAUGCCCUGGAAAAGGGGGAGCUAGAUGAUAACGGAGAGUUGAAGAAGAACAUUGACGAGUCUCUUCUCACUGCAAGACAAAAAGCCCUUUUGCACAAGCAGCAGAGCCAGCCUCUCUUGGAGCUGCCAAUGGGUUACAAGGAGAAGGAAAUGACAGAGGAGAUGAUGCAGAAGAGGGAGGAAAAGGCGCGCAAACGACGCCUGCAGGCAGCAAAGAAAGCAGAAGAGAACAAAAACCAAACCAUUGAGAGACUGACCAAAACCAACAAGGCUAAAAUCAAAACAAUGCGGGAAAGGAAAUGCAAACAGUCCCAGUGUCCUAUGGUUAGAUAUAUUGAUUCCUUCAAAGGAACUACCAUGUCUUACCCCCAUGGUGUUGCUACACCUACUGUAGUGACCCUGUGCCCUGUACCCACAGCUGUGCAUUGUGGGGUUUCUGGAUGCCUAAACAUCAAGAAAUACUCUUGUUCAAAGACUGGAAUCCCCCUGUGCAGUCUUGAUUGUUACAAAAAGAAUCGUCUCAUAAAAGGUUUAGCUUGAGAGCAGGUUUAUUGUAAUGGACAGAAAAUGUGUUUCCAGCUGUGUAUUAUUUUGCAAGGAAAACAAGCUGCAGUGCUUAAUGUUUUCCAACAGAGAGAGAGACUGAACUUUUAUUUGUUUCAGAAAACAGACUUGAUCCCUACUUAAUGCGGCAGGGUUUGUUCCCUUUAACCACCUGAUCUAAAAUUACAUCUGUUUAUUUUCAGUGACAUACUCAAUUAUGUAAUAAUAAACUUGUCAUAAAAAUAUGUAAGAAUCACUGUAAGAAUGCGACUUAAAUAAAUGUAUAUUUAUAUGCAUGUUAUGUUUGGUCAAAGUUCCAUGUGGAAUAAGAUAAUUUAUUUUUGUACAUAACUUAAAUUCCUC